CCCUACCGGAGGGCAGCUGGCAUCAUAAUUCUAAACAGCUGAGUUAUUAGCCAUUAAAACACGAGAGAAAAAAGACCAGAUUAUUUAAGACAAGGAUCAUUGGAAAAUUAUAAGAAAACCAGGAAAAAUAAUAGAUUCAUUAAGAAGACGAAAAUAUUUUAUACGCAUUGCUGCGUAUGUGGUUGUAGCUGUGUGCGUGCAUGAGAGGCGUGAGUAAUUGUAUGCGACGAUAGCAAACACAGGAGCCAGUGACGCCAUUUUCUGUGCGAAUUAGCAGAAAAAAAUCUGAGCAGGUGGGGCAAAACAGACGCAACGGCAACGCCGCGUGACCAAUAACUGAGCAAAGAAGAGAACGGACACAUACACACAGGCAUUCAAUGAGCAGUCUAAUAAACUUUCUUAAUCCGAAACUUAAGCCCUCUGUGGAAUGCGAUGCCGUCUGCGAGGAUGGAUACACAGCUGCAAACCUCAUAUCAGACAAUGAGGAGCACAUGGAGCGAGGGUUUAUGUGCUUUGCUGUAUGCAAACCGCCAGUUGAGAUUGUCUUUGACUUUCCCAAGGCCAUCGAUCUGAAGGUAAUUAAGCUGUGGCCCAGCUCUGGGGCUUUGCGCUCCACUGGCUUCGAGGUACAUGGAAAAUAUGACGGCAUAUGGGAGCGUGUGGCCUAUGUCCGUGACCUUCCCAAGGGUAUGGAUUCGGUAACGUUUUGCUAUCAAAGCGAUUAUAAUUCGCGUAGCAGUGCCGCCGCUUCGCAACAGCACAGCGAAAAGGUGUUCUUCUUCAAGACGGCCCACAAGAUAUUGGCCGCAACGAACAGCGUCAAGAUUGUGAUUCGUGCUACAGAACGCUGUCCGCCGGUACUCCGCAAGAUACAAAUGUGGGGUCUGCCGGCUCGCAGCCUAGAUAAAGCUGAUCGUGAGCUAAUGAAAACUAUAUGGAGCGAAAUAAGUGAUCCGUAUGGCCUCAGGGACCAAGCGCAGCAGCAGCAGGCAGGCCAACGUUCGCCUUCGCGUCACAUUCCGGAACUACGCGAACAGUCGAUGCUGGAAAUACCAGAGGAGUUUCUUGAUUCCAUAACCUGGGAAUUAAUGAUAUUUCCUACGGUGUUGCCAUCUGGUAAAGUUGUCGAUCAAUCCACCAUAGAUAAGCACUCGGAGGAGGAGGCCAAGUGGGGUCGCCUGCCUUCCGAUCCGUUCACGGGACUUGAAUAUACCUCACAACGUAAAGCAAUAUUAAACCUGGCGCUUAAGGCGCGUAUCGAAAAGUUUCUAAUGGAGCACUCAGAGCACUUCAAGUCUGUGCCUCGUUCACUGGGCAGCUCACGUAUGCGUCGUCGCCAUGCAUCUCAGUUUGCUAGCCAUAUGUGCCUGCCGGGCAGUAUGAGCGUAGGCACAUACUCCACAUUAAGUGGCGUUUACAAGCACCAGCAACGCAAGACCAAGUCAACAGUCACUGCCACAGCCACAUCGGCAUUCUCAGGUUCCCUUUCUCCAAUUUCGCCCCCGGUUGCUAAACGUGCGCGACACAGCUACUCAGCAUAUGGAGUCAGUGCUACUGUUACCGCCAGCAGCGCCAAUCAAUCACCAACGACCUCAUCAGCUACAGGCACAACGUCUUCCAUUGACCAAGCCUUGCAACAGGCUCUGCAAAAGAUCACCCGCUUCACCCAAGUGAGCAUGCCCUUGCAACCAAGCUGUAUUAACUGCCGCAGUGGCCAGUUUGCCUACGAGAUACGCACCUGUCGGCACUUGGUUUGCCGCGAAUGCCUCGUCAUCCUCUCCACAGCGCAGCAGUGUGUUUGCAAGAUGUCUUUUCAGGGCGCUGACGUGGAGCGCUACCACAAGCUGCCGUAGUCGUGCCUACCUUUACAGCAUAGUCUCGUAUUCUAGUGCUUCAAUAUAUUUAGGUUCGUGUAUAGGAUUUUUUGUUGCCAAUCUUCAAUUUUCAGAUACCAACGAACCAACGCAUUUGGCGUUUUGGUUUUCAUUUUCCUUCUUUUUUUUUAAUUUUUGUCUUCUCUUUUUUGAUUAUUAAGUUCGUAAGUUCGUAAAAAUAGGUCUUAGAAUAAUUUAUAACCAUAUCAGCGUCGAUUUUAGCAAGUGCUGAGAUUUUUUAUUCGAAGCCAAAAUACACUUGGAAUGGCGGAAUGGAUGCUCAUUCCCACUUAUCAGUAUCAGGUCACACUUAGUCGGCAAUGCGAUUAAACUUACAUUAUAUAGUAUAUGUAUAAUCAUAGAGCAGAUAAAGCGCGCAUAAUUUUUGUAGACUUUAUACAACCCAUAAUUGGAAGGACGAGAUCAAGCGCGAAGUUUAUAUAUUCAUAAAUUA